CAAAAGUACCACCAUAAGGAUCCCCUCGAACCGUGUCAGCCUUGUGCCUAAAAACACGCAGCCUUACUCCGCAAUCAUUUGUACCUCGGUUCCUCGGCGGCUUCCAACCAAACAUCAAGACCUCCUAGUAUUGGGCCAUGCCAGGGCUUUCCGCCAUUAUGAUUGCAUUCUGUCGAGUUCUAUCACAUCUGUAAAUUCAAGACGAGGCACAAUCAUCCAACAUGAGCAACGUCAAAGCCGCAAUCAGCCAGAUCCCUUUCGCCGAGCCCAGUUACCUUCGAGGCCUUCCAUCACCAUACUUCCAACCAACACACCUCAACUUCCAGAAAAGAUGCCGCGCCUUCUUCGCCGAGCACUUCCUCCCCUACGUUUUGGAGUGGGAAACAGAAGGCACAGUCCCACCCCACGUCUGGGAGACAUUCAAUAAGCAUAACAUGCUCCUCCCCAACCUCAACUCUCCCCUACCAAUCGCCUGGCUGAAACGACUUGGCAUAAACGACAUCCUCGGAGUCCCCAUCUCGGAAUGGGACUACCUGCAUACAGCGAUAUGGGUCGACGAACGUGCGCGCACAGGAAUCUCAGGUCCCGGAUCAAGUCUAUCCCCUGGCUUCGCAUAUGGCAUUCCGCCAAUCCUCAACUUCGGUUCUCCGGCCCUACAAGAGAGGUUCCUGCCCCAACUUCUGACCGGAAAAGCGAGGACAUGCAUCGCCAUCACAGAGCCCCAAGCAGGCUCGGACGUCGCGAACAUCCAGACCACGGCUGUCAAAUCGGCGGACGGCAAGCACUAUAUCAUCAAUGGCGAGAAGAAGUGGAUCACCAACGGUAUCUGGGCCGACUAUGCGCCCAUGGCUGUGCGGACAGGUGGUCCUGGUCCCAAGGGUAUAAGUCUAAUCGUCGUUCCGUUGAAAGAUUACCCGGGCGUCAAGAUGCGGCGUCUCGAAGUUCAGGGCCAACGCGCCGGUGGGACAACGUACAUUGAACUCGAUGACGUGCAAGUCCCUGCAGAGAACCUCGUUGGCAAAGAAGGCGAAGGGAUGAAAUAUAUCAUGACCAACUUCAAUCAUGAGCGCAUGUUGAUUGCCAUUGGCGUCACGAGACAAGCUCGCGUCGCACUGUCAGCGGCAGUCGAGUACGCUAUGAAAAGAGAGGCGUUUGGGAAGACGUUGAUGGAUCAGCCUGUCGUGCGCCAUAGGAUUGCCAAGGCCGGGGCUGAUCUCGAGACAUUGCAGUCUUUGGUCUUUGAGUUUGUAUAUCAGCUUAAUCACCUAUCCAAGGCUGAGGCGGAUGAGAAGCUCGGUGGGCCGACGGCGCUUCUAAAGGCCAAAGCCGGAAUGGUGUUGAAUGACUGUGCGCAGACUGCAGUUUUGAUUUUUGGUGGGAACGGGUAUACGAGGACCGGUCAAGGGGAGUUGGUGGAGAAGAUUUACCGUGAUGUGAUGGGCGCGAGGAUCCCUGGUGGGAGUGAGGAUGUCAUGUUGGAUCUCGCGGUACGACAAUUGGUGAAGAACUUUCAAAGGCAGGCUAGAAGGCCGGCUAGUAAGAUCUGAUCAUCUCAGUGACGCUCGGAAGAAAAGGUCGCCAAAUGAAGAAAUGAUUGUUGAAAACGUACAGGACGAUUAGUAGCGAGACGUCUGGGGCGUGCAUCAAGUAAAGACCACCACACGGUGAUGCUUUACACAUUGACUAUGUCGUAUGAACAUGACACA